GGCACGCGUCUGGCGUACGCAACGCAACCGCAUCUCAGCGCAAGGUGAAUACAAGAGGCGAGAGGGGGCGUGGCCAGGGGGAGCGCACGGCGGGCCGCCGGCGUAUUGAAAAGGCCGCGCUGUUUCCAUCUCACAAAUCAGAACAGGUCGAGAGUCCAGAGCGCCGAGUGUCCAUUCAAAACGGCAAGAGCGACCGCAUAAAGCCACACGUGAACGCCACGAGCAAGACGCGCGGCCACUGGGCACUCCAAAGAAAACUUUUUUGUCGCAUAGCACUUUUCCUCGGGAACUGGACAUCACUGCCAAGAUGGAAAUAAGCGUAAACCACCAACAGUUCAUGCCACCUGCCUGCUUUUUCGCCGCAGCCUCGCAGAGCAUCCAACUCAGUCCGACCGACAGCCAGUGCAGCAAUAAAUCAGCGUCAAAACAAGCGAAGAGGCAGCGCUCGUCUUCCCCGGAGCUGCUUCGAUGCAAGAGGAGGCUUAACUUCGCGGGAUUUGGCUACAGCUUGCCCCAGCAGCAGCCACACGCUGUGGCCAGGAGGAACGAGAGAGAACGCAACCGGGUAAAACUGGUGAACAACGGCUUCGCCACGCUUCGCGAGCACGUACCCAACGGCGCGGCGAACAAGAAGAUGAGCAAAGUGGAAACCCUGCGCUCGGCCGUGGAGUACAUCCGUGCGCUCCAGCAGCUCUUGGACGAGCAUGACGCGGUGAGCGCAGCCUUCCAGUCGGGCGUCCUGUCACCCAACAUCCCCCAGAACUACUCUAAUGACAUGAACUCUAUGGCCGGUUCGCCGGUGUCAUCGUAUUCCUCAGAUGAGGGUUCCUACGACCCCCUGAGUCCGGAGGAACAAGAGCUCCUGGACUUCACCAACUGGUUCUGAACAUUUUGUGAAAGGAAAAGCCUAAAAUCGCAGCACUCGCUUUGGAAGCACUCGGAUGACCCCGUCCUCCAAGAACACAAAGCACUGCGUUUGCGCUGCAGUCCGGUUCGGACAGACUCGAAUCCACAUCCAGAGAUUGCCCAUAUAAACCGGCAGACUGACAGCCACCGGCCCCGAGUGUCAAAGAGCCAAAGGACUUGAAAGGGAAGACGGAACCCUAAGCCAGGGAGUCCGGCCCUUCCAGCGCAUUCGCCCAAGAAAUCCAUUUUGAAAAAGACUUUCCACAAAUCUGUGGCGUAUAUACAACGGCAAUAUAGAAAUGUUGUUAUUUACCUAUGCUAAAGCUAAUCAGAGAUGGUUUGCCCUGUUCGUAUCGACCCCUCUUUCAUGUAAAACUCUAAUAAGAUGCUUCCAACGUGGCGAAUUUUAUUAUAUGAAGUUCUAUUUGUAUAAAACAUGUUGUUUUUUUAAAUAUAUUAAGCUAUUUUUGUAUGUAAGAGAUUUAUAGAUGUUUUGUACACAUUCAUUGUAAUAUGUAUAUAUUUUCGACCUAUAGCCUGCAGUAAAAUGCUCAUUACCUCUCGCUUAUUCAGACUUAUAGUCUCAGAUGCAUCGCAGCUGGCAGUUUCGGUUGUGGAGGUUUUAGAUGAGUUUAACACUCAAGAGUUUAAAUUUCAGCACCGACGUGUCUUAUUUAUAGGAGUAAUAAUUGCAAAUGUAAUAUGACUCGGAGUUCAUAGUGAUCAAAGGUUAUGCAGCUAUUGUCCAAACGGAGCACAACGACGGUGUUUUGUGUCUCCAUACUGCCUGUUCAUCUUUGCCUUUACAAUGCUGGGGUUUGCUUCUCUCAGAAAAUAAGAAAAAUGCCUUAUCUCCAUAUUUUCUAUACUUUAG